GUUAAACAAACGAUAACUGAAAAGAACGCUUUGUCAGUUUCUCAUGUGUUACGCUUACGUUUCCGUUACUAGUACGGUGAUAUCCGUUAGUUGAACGUUGUUCGUCCUAUAUAUAUAUGUGUUAAUCUUGCGGUCAUUGUGUGUUUUAUGCGCCCCAUACACCGAUCGCGAUAGCACUGAGCAGCAGCGGGGGAUGCCUUUUGUCACCGGAUAACUUUUUGCCGCAAUUUUUCUAUUCGUUUGACGUCUGUUAACGCUAUACGGAGUAGUGUGACUGACACAUUGGCUACUAACAGAUUAUUUGUUAUACACACAAGAAUUAGCUGAUUUUAUCAUUUGAAAAGCGCUUGCAACUGGGUAAUGGGGGUAAAAUGUUGAAAUUAUAAAGCUUGAGUUUAUAUUUAACAGUUGAUAAGUUUAAAGUACAUAUUCCUCUGUGGUGUAUUAUUCAAGACAGCAGGAAAAUUGUUAUUGCCACAGGCGGCCCAGGUUCAAUUCCAGACUUAGGUAAAAGAUGGGUUUGUUGUCGAAUCCAAAGUCUAGACAGAAGAUCAUAGGAGCUGUGACCAAAUAUAACAACAUUCUGAGUGCAGCUUGCUACAUUGUUGGAGUGAUCUGGUUUAUAGCUCUAGCUUAUCCGCCUCUAAAUGCUAAAACCUACUUCUCAGAGAAUGCUCUACUACCAGGUGUUGUGGAAAGUGGAUUUUAUUUUGAAGACAGUCCAGAUGGAUAUAUAACAGAGAUUAAAGAAGAGCUGAAGAAAGACAGGAGAAAUGUUCCUCGGGACUGGCUUUUUGAGAAGUUUAGAGAUCUUGGACUGGAUACAUAUAUACAGAACUACACAGUAAAAUAUCCACUGCAGAUUGUCAGGGGUCAGCUGGUUCCUGGCCAGAAUGUGUAUGCCAUCUUACGAGCAAGACGAGCAGCGAGCACUGAGGCUGUAGUCCUGUCGGUACCAUUCCGAGCAAAAUCCUCGGAUUUAUCACAGACUUAUGGUGGUAUUGUAGUAAUGCUUGGUCUUGCAAAGUACUUUAUGCGUCAGCCGUACUGGAGUAAAGAUAUAAUAUUUUUGGUGACGGAUCAUGAACAGAUUGGUAUGCAGGCAUGGCUUGAUGGAUAUCACCAAGUGGAGUCAGAAUAUAUUCGUUCUGGAGAGUUGCCUGGUAGGAGUGGUCAGAUACAAGCUGCGAUUAAUCUUGAAGUGCCAGACUCAAAUAUCAAGUAUUUCAAUGUGAAGAUAGAAGGAUUGAAUGGCCAGCUACCCAACCUGGACCUGGUGAACUUGGUGGUCAGGCUGUGCCACAAGAAUAAUGUAGAAGUCAUGUUGCAUAAUAGUAGAGAUGCCCCACAGUGGGAGGCAGAAACAGUCACUGGUUUCCAGCAGUCAGCAAAAAUUAUGUUGAAGAUGAUGUGGGCUCAAGCUUCAGGGUUACCAUCUGGCAAUCAUGGGCUCUUCCAUAGGUAUCAUAUUGAGGCAGUUACUCUAGAGGGUAUCAGAAGAAGAAAAACUGGCAGGAUAAGUCUGGAUGCUACAGGAAGGGUUGUUGAAGGCAUUUUCCGUAGCUUGAACAAUUUAUUGGAACGUUUCCACCAGUCUUUCUUCUUCUACAUUCUACCUGGUACAGAGAGAUAUGUGUCUAUAGGUCUAUAUAUGAUUCCAUUUGGAAUUAUAUGUGCCUCAUGCCUUGUCAAAGCUGUAGCACUUUGGGUCCAUCUUAGUCAAGAAGAAAAUUCCAAAUCAGAGAAGAGUGAUGGAGAGAAAGAAGGAAAGACAGAAUCAGUUGAUGAUGGAGAGAAGAAUGAAGAUGCUGGAGAGAAGUUGGAUAAAGCUUCUUUGAACAAACUUGUGGAGGAGGAUCUAGAUUUUGAUCUGGAAGAUCGGCCAGUAGGGGUGACCACUAUUUUACCGCUGUUGCUCAGCAGUUUCAUUAUGGCUUUACUGUGUUAUACCGGCCCAGAUAUACUUUCCAACAUGGCAGUACCCUUCAAAAUGAAUAUUGAAGACGGGAUAUUCUUUGGAUUUCUAGCCUUAUUUACAGCAUCAAUGUUAUUUCCUAGAAUGGUGGCCAGGCGCACAGCAGAAGAUAAGAGACUGUUAUUUGACUGGGUCCUUUUAAAGGCUGUCACUCUGAUAUUUCAAUCUCUGGUUUUGUUUUCACUGGCUUUGAUGAACAUAUCAUUGGCUUUCUUUCUUGCCGUCCUAUUUGUGCCUGCCUCUAUCAUCGUGCAUCCGUCCAAAAGGUGGUAUUCAAGAUGGGGUCAGAAACUGUUGCUUCUCCUGAUUUCACCACUGAGUAUCCUCUACACAGCUGCCGUAAUUUCUAGUCUUAACAGCGAGUACAGAAAUAUACUCGAACUGCUGUACAUCUCCUGGAACAACCUCAGUCAGGGUCUCCUGCUCUCAAUGGUGGAUAAAUAUUUCUUUGGCAGCUGGCUGUUUACAUUGUUCAGUUUUGCGAUUUUACCAAACUGGCUAACACUCUGGGGUAUUUCAUUUUGUGAGGCUGUCUGAUUGCUCACUUAAACUAGUCCACAUGGAUCAAUUAAAAAACACUGGUGAUAAAUCUGAAGAAAAUUUCUAUGUUUACACCAAGUUAUGGCGGACUUAAGCUGCAUAAAAUAGCCAUAUAGACACAGGGAAUAGGUCUGCAUUUAUUGUCCCCUCGUGUAGAAGCACAAAUACUUCUACAAACAGCAAUCCAUGUGAUCAAGAUAAUACAGUAUUGCUCACAAUAUAUCACAUUCCUAUCUAAAUAUAACUGAACAUGCUUGUAUAAUUUAGCUCACCUGAAUCAAAGGUUUUAGUGACCCUUAGGUAGUCAGGAAUAUUUUCUAUGGAACGACUACACCUUCUCACAUUAUUGCUCUGUGCUUAUCGUAAUGUAUUAGUUUUUAUCCAGUGUGAUUUGAUAGAUUUUCACAUACAUCAAAAUCUUCAAGAUUUAAAGGUUUGGUGGACCCAAUUAAACCGCACGAGUAGACCAGUGAUUAAAUAGUGUUGUUUUGUUUUUGUCGUGCUCCUAGAGUAAUUUAUUGUAUCCAGUUGUUGUGCAAUAUGUUGUAGAACUCUUCAAUCAUAAUGUAACAAUCUCCAUGGUUUUCCAGUCUGUAUAUGCAUUUAGGUCAGAGACCACCAAUUCAAAAAAGUACAGGGAACUUACUGGGAAUGAGGUAAGUGUAUACCUGGGAAUAAGGUAGCAUCUGUGCGUUCUGAUUGGUCAGUCGUGUAAACAAACCCAAGAAGCGAUUAUUUUUUUCAAAAUGGAAUAUUUUUACUGCAUUUACAGUAUUUCAUUAUACAUUUUGACAAAAUUUGCUACAUUUUAUGUGUAUUGAAAAAAAGUUUCAUCAAAUGAAUUUCUCCCGCCAUGACAACGAUGUAAACAGGGGGUCAUCUCAUUCACACGAAAAUUACUUAAAUAAAGUAUCACUAUUCAUAUGUUUUUCGUCCGAUAUUUUGGUGGAACUAAGAUAGUUCUUGAAGAAAAUGUGAUUGGAUAUACAUGUUUCGAUAUAUGGAAGGCCGUACACGCCAUAAUGUUAUAAUGGAAGUCUAUGGGAAAACAAUUGGUGUUCUCUACCCUAUAUUAGAGCUAAAACGUGACUUUUGUCGAAAGUGAUCACAGGUAAUGUUAAUGGUCACAAAUCUGUUGCAGAUGAUGUAGAAAGACGUAAGCGUGAAUUUUGAAUAUUUUUUAAAUUUUGGCCUCUUUGUUUGACAGGUGUGCCCAUUUUUAUCUGAGGUUUUGGGUCCAGAAAGGCUCAUUUUUAUGUCUGUAAUGUCGGAGAAUGAUCAAAAUUGGUAGACUUUAUUUCUAUUUCUUACGGAAUGAAUCAUAUUUCAGCUUCCAAACAAAAUCCUAUGCCAAUAACUUAAAUUUUCGCGAAAAAAUGCAAUAAAAUGACAACAGUGUCUAAAUCUGGGCCUGUAAAUCGACAGGGGGUGACCUUAGUAAACUGUCUAUAUCUUUCUUAAAACUGAACAUUUCUUGAUGAAACUUUGUGAAACAAUUGGUAUUUGAUUGUACUUAACAAUAAAACUGUAAAAUGGGAAAAAGUGGAACGAAACAUUCAUCUAUAGGUCAGAGACCACCAAUUCAAAAAAGUACAGGGAACUUACUGGGAAUGAGGUAAGUGUAUACCUGGGAAUAAGGUAGCAUCUGUACGUUCUGAUUGGUCAGUCAUGUAAACAAACCCAAGAAGUGAUUAUUUUUUUCAAAAUGGAAUAUUUUUACUGCAUUUACAGUAUUUCAUUAUACAUUUUGACAAAAUUUGCUACAUUUUAUGUGUAUUGAAAAAAAGUUUCAUCAAAUGAAUUUCUCCCGCCAUGACAACGAUGUAAACAGGGGGUCAUCUCAUUCACACGAAAAUUACUUAAAUAAAGUAUCACUAUUCAUAUGUUUUUCGUCCGAUAUUUUGGUGGAACUAAGAUAGUUCUUGAAGAAAAUGUGAUUGGAUAUACAUGUUUCGAUAUAUGGAAGGCCGUACACGCCAUAAUGUUAUAAUGGAAGUCUAUGGGAAAACAAUUGGUGUUCUCUACCCUUUAGGCACUUUCUAAGUUUCUAUUCACUAAAGAAAAAGGUCAUUGUAAUUGCCAGCUGUCACUCUCAUUGACACUAAAUACUGUUGUUGAUAUCGAUCUUGUUACUUAUUGCAAUAAGUGCCGACUCCGGAGAAAUCUUUUUUGCUAGAUUUGCUUUAGCUCCUCAAAUGGUGACUGCAAAUCGCUAAUUGAGAUCCAAUACUUUGCUGAUUAUCUACUGAAAAAAGGUGUGAAAUGACUGUAAUUUAGGGUCAAAAUGUGCAGUUGGGAGAUAAUCAGCUGACAGUGGAAGGCAUGACCCUUUAAUGGAAGUCAUUUAUAAAAUAAAAUUGGUCAAGGCAGGGGAAGGGAUUUCAAGCAUUUUAUGACAGAUGGCCACUUAUUCAAGGUGAUCAUUAAGGCAGGUAGGAUUGUACUCCUACUGUUUCCAUUCAUUCAGUGAAAAUUGGUAUUCAUCAUCAUCAAGGGGACAUACACAAUAAACAAGCAUUUCAUGUGUGACUGUUAUUUUUUGAGUUACAGUACUUUCUAGGAGGUAUGUUUUCUAUAGUGUUGACAUGCUAUUUUGGUUACAUUACACUUGUACUCUUUUUAGCAUUUCAGAUGCUUUCUAGAAUAUAUAAAGCAUGUCAUGUAACUAAAUGCAUAAACACGAGUUAUAUGAGUUUUGAAUUUCUAAACUUUUUCAAACACUUGUUAUUUACAGUGUUACUGGUAACUUAUGAAUUAUCUUAUUCUGAUUUUUGCUGGCAGGUAAAAGAAACCAUGAAGAAAUUAUUGUUUUGCGGCUGUUGUAGUAUAACUUGUGUUUUGAUUUGAUUACAUAAAGAUUACUGUUUUAAUGGUUAAAACAGGUAUUGAUAUAAUAACCUAUUUACAUAAUUAGUGACUUAUUAUAUGCCCGAAGGGACGUAUUAUGUUAUGAUGCCAGUGUCCGUCCGCAUGUCCGUCCAUUAGCAAUUUCAUGUCCACUCUUGAACCCCUUGAAGGAUUUUGAAGAAACUUGACACAAAUGUUCACCACAUCAAGAUGACGUGCAGAGCGCAUGUUUUGGAUGGCUCACUUCAAGGUCAAGGUCACACUUAGGGGUCAAAGGUCAUAUGACUUUGUUUCGUGUCCGCUCUGUAACUCUUGAACUGCUUGAAGGAUUUUAAAGAAACUUGGCAUAAAUGUUCACCACAUCAAGACGACAUGCAGAGCCAUGUUUCAGAUGGCUUGCUUCAAGGUCACACUUAGGGGUCAAAGGUCAUACCUUCAGGCAUAUAUUGCUCGGCAUUGCGAUGCUCUUGUUUUCAUUAUGAUCAACCUUUGUUUUAUUUUGAGGAUGAGCUAGAGCUGUACACUUAAAAACGUUCCAUUUAAUUGUAACAUGUAUUUGAAGUUUGUGCUGGAGUGAAAUCUGCCUUUAUUGUUAUUUCCUUACAUUUUAUUUCUUUGCUAUCAACUUUUUGUAUAUCUUUGUACGCGUUUAGAAAUAAAACAAAAUUCACUGA